AUGGCAGAGCUCCAAGAUACCCGGAACGGCCUGCGUGGUCUGUAUCAAGAUCUUUGCGCUCUUUCGGAUUGUCAACUGUCCAACCUCGAUCGCUUGUGUAUCGAAUUAGAAACCCAUAUUCGAGACUUCCGCAAACUCCUAGACAAGCCAGCAAAGAACAAUGCCAGUCGUCAAGCUGUGCUGUCGGGAAAGAUCACCGUGGCCGACGUUGACUACUCGGUGAACCAAGAUUUCCAACAAGGAGUGUUACAACUUGCGGAUGCCCUCGACAUCGACGAAUUGGAAGCUGCGGCUAUGUUUUUGGUCGCUCAGGAAGAUUCUCAAUUGCUGGACAGGCCUCCGCUGAUCGCUGCGAUUAUAAGCUUCCACGAACGCCGCCUGUUUACCCUCGAGUCUCUACGUCUCUUGUUCCGCGAAUCGCAAGAUUAUGAACACGAAUCGGCCCAAGAGAUGACGCGCGAUGCACUGGCUCAUGUUCUUGACAUCAAGAACGGCAAUCUGCGCAACGCUUCCCUCUUCGCACGAAAAGCCCUGACUUCAAUGGCCGACAUAGAGAAAUGGCUGUCGCUUCUUGGAGAUCAAGUUCAGAAGGCCUCAGUGGUUGGUCAGGAGGAUGAUCGUGACAUCAUGGAAGCUAUUGAAUAUCAACGCGUCAGUCUGCAGCAACAGCAUGAGUCCCUUGGGGCGAUUCUAUACUAUAUGUUCAAAGGCACAUACACGAGCAGCGAAGACUUCCGCGUACUUGUGAGUCAGUUGAAGAAUCUGGAUCGCUUCGACGGGCUCUUGUUUCACUACAUCCCAGUCGCAAUCAGUUCUUUUGUACAACACGGUUCUCCCGAGGGUUCGGGAUCCGAGAAGGAAGCCCGAGACCUGCAUAAAUUGAUCAAGGAUGGUCAAGGCUGGAAGUUGUCAAAUUUCCACGCCGCCUUUGUUGCUCUGUGGCUCUCGGUAUACAGUGCAUGGUACUUUGACGGACUUUCCUCGCCCUCUGUCGAUGAACAAAAGGAAUCCGAAGAGCGUGCGAGCUUGUUCAUGUCUUCCCUCGAUGAUGGUGCUCUUGACUUCAUGCUUGCAAUCUGCUCGAGCGUCAAUACCGAGGAGUGGGCGGAUCCCGCGCGCAGCGAACUUGUGACACUGCUGCUCAGGGAGAGUGUCGUAUCAUUGCCCGACCCGGAGCCAUGCUCCCCCUUCAUGAAAGAGUUGUUGAUGGAGAACUUUGAGGUUUUUGUGGAAUCAUGUAUCGCAAAUAUGCCUGAUGCGGUCCGACGGUUGAAAUCGGAAGAGGACACACAACGACUAGACCAGAUUACUGCACUUAGAGAUGGCCUUAGUUCCAACCUCCACCGUGGCUUGGUAGAGGCGCGAACUCAUCUCGAAUCUCUUCUUAUGAUCAUUUCGUUUGCCUUUGAACACCGAGAAGAUGCGGCUCAGGGAUUUUGGGCUGAUCCUGAUGGUAAUCUUUAUGGGUUCCUUCAGUGGGCGUCCAAGAGGCAGACUGUUCCUCGCGUCAGCGCUUUCUGCGAAAUGCUAUGCUCAAUCUCCGAAGGUGAAGAAAAUGCAGCCGCGGCGCAUCGGUUCCUAUCAGAAGAAGACAAAUUCAUGCCCUCUAAACUCAAACGAUCCACGACAAUGAAUUGGUCGCAAAUGUUCGCUGAAUUGAAACUUUACGCAUCGCGGGUUACCGAGAAGUCUUCCAAUGCAACAACCUCGCAAGGGAUACUGGGGAUGUUUCGGCCACGGAAACCGGAGCCGGCGGAAAUGAACGAGCCCGAAAGCCCUGUGAUGCUGACAUGCUAUCUUCGAUUAAUGGGUCAUCUGUGUAAACAGAGUGAACUUAUCCGAGAUUGGAUGCUCCAAAACGAAUCUUUCAAUGUAAUUAGCACCCUGUUGGAUCUGUGCAGUGGGCCGAUUCCGUCACAUCUUAGGGCAACGACUUUCUCAACACUCUCAGCGCUCAUGACCGGCAAACUUUCUCUCGUUGGGAAGGAAACAUGGACCCGUCUCGACGAUUGGUUAUCGGGAGGAAGCAUGAGUGCAUCGGGCAUUGGCAAGGUUCCUCUGGUCUCGAAUCCUGCCGUAUGGCACCAGCAACAAGCUUUGCAAAAGAUUGGACAGAGCUUUGAUCAGACGAAUGCGUUUAUCGUUCUUCUUAAUGCACUUGUUGAGCCCUCACCCGACUCAAUUGACGACCCCAUGUCACUUCCUUUCCCGGAUACCUUAGGUGGAACCUACCGUAUGUCUGGGAUAGAACCUUACAUUGACUUCAUUUUGGGUCAUGCGUUCUCAAGGAAGAUUCAAGACCUUAACGAAUAUCAAUCACGUCUUUUGAACUUCAACUGUUUGGGCUUUGUGGUGGCAAGCCUGAAGUCAUUCAAUGAAGACCUGGUCUUAGUUCUCAGUCAACCGUCCGUGUCCGAUUCUCCGACACAUACUUCCUCGUUGCUCACCUAUGUUCGAUCCCAUCCCUUCGCACGCGUGGUAGAUUGGCUUUUCAACGAAGAUGUGCUCAAGGCUUUGUUUGCAACCUCCAAACAGGAUGUUUCGAAAGUUGCCCUUGCAUCAUCCGAUUCUGUGCUGGUUCUGACCUUGCAUCGAAGUCUGGAGGUCAUGAACCUACUUCUAGACCUUCAGUCGACAUACUUCAACAUUGUUAAGCCGGUGGUGAACUCACAGCCCGUACCAUCUCGGACUGUUGUUGCCAACUCCUCACUCGCUUCAUUUGAGGAUACUGUAUUGAACAAUCUGACGCUCAUCCCGUCACUCUGCCUUUACUGUGGCACGGCGCAUGCGGCCCUUACUAUCAUAUCGAUGUCAUUACUCGAAAAACUCACCAGUUCUAGAAAGCUCAACAAGAUGAGUUCUCCAGAACUUAUCAAGUGGCAAUCAUCGAACAAGAUUGUGGAGGUACUUGCCUCUGAAGUUGACGUGGAUAGCAUCUCACGACCUCUUGUAACGCAAAUGGAGGUCGACGUGAGAGAACUCGAAUUUGGGACAGAUGCCGCUGGUUAUGUCAUCAAAGAAAGCCUUCUUGCCCUUUUGAACAGCUGCCUGGGAACGAUCACGGAUCGUCCGACAGUAGCCCAUCUACUGCUUGGCUUCGACUGUGUAGGCAAUAUUCUCGAUGUUUCAUCGGAAGGGCUAUUUGCGAAUCAGAGUUCCUUGUUGCAUGGCAUCAUUUACUUCCUGAAGAGUUAUCCCGAAAUUAUCGAUGGCGGCAUCGUAUCUUGGGCUGUGCAUCUCAAGCGUAUGGCUUUGGAGGUGCUGAAGCACCUGUGGUCGUCGAAGUUGGCAAGCUAUUACACUCUUGGUGAAAUGCGCGCUCACGCCUUCCUGCGUGACAUGUUCUCCUACCAACCCAUCAUUGGACCGAACACCUCCUGGGAUGGAUUCACUGUCGACAUGGAGGAGUUUUGGUUCACAGACGCGACGACAGCCUUGGCAGAAUUCCUGCUGUACCGGAGUCAUUUAUUCACAUAUGCGGCAAGUGAAGUCCGCUCGACGGCAACAGCUAGAUCACCAGCCCUACAUGCCGAGAUUCUGGCGGUCUUGCUGGGAAACACAGUUUCGGACAAUGGUGAACCACUUUCCAGUCCAUCUGUGUUUGAUCUUUUUGAUUUCGCAGAUCUCGAUGUUGGCCGCGACUUCAAUGUUCCCCAACUCUCUUUACUCGGUGAUGUUGUUCUCCAAUUGGAAGGCAAGCGGGAAGAGGGGGUAUACAGCAUGGAAGAGGUAGAAGAGUUGAUUCAGAUGCGCAGAGCAGGACUCGCGGCCAAUGGAGCACUCCGCACGGCAGACGAGGAGCGGUUGGCAGCAGAGACACUCGAGCUGAGACAAUUCAUUGUUGCAUCAAAUCAGGGCAAGGUUAUUCAAAUGAAUCGCUAUCACGCCCUCCGGUCCUGGGUGGAGCUCGUUGCUACGAUCAUCACUUGCUCUGCUAUCGAUGAAGGAAGCAGGCCGGCUUUCAUUCUGCAUUCGAUCCAGCUGGUUCUUCCCAAGCUCGCAACAGCAAUUGAGGCGGAUCUUCCCGAGGCGGUCGAGCUAGCUCGACUGGCUGAUUUGCUGGUCGGUAGACUUGGGACCGAAGCAUCGGCAAUAGAAGCAUCGCGAAGUGGAGAUGUUAUCGACGAAAAACUCCACCAGCUCUUCCAACUCUGCCUCCGAGGCAUCAACCUGGCGACGGGGAAUGUGCUGUUGAGAGAAACGCUUUACAGUAUUUGUUCCCACUACAUCACACGCAUCACGUCGUCAGCCACCAGCCACGAAAACCUCCGCGUGCUUAGUCAACGGGUCAUUAAAACGGCCGGCUCUGGGUUGAUUGAGGCGCUGUGCGAUGACGCCUAUACCGGCCAAGAGUCUUGCCGUGCAUCCGCUCUCGUGCUAUUGAAUUGUUUGUCUGUUUUAGAUCGACAAACAGAUUGUGUUCUGGCUGAGUCCAUCUCACGGUCAAACUAUCUGAGUCUCUUCCUCGACGCCUUGCGGUCUCUUCCUCUUGAACUCCAAAAUGCCCAGACAAAUGACACCCCAGCACUACUGGCAUACUAUGAGUUGCUCCUGUCGUUACUUCAGCGGCUAUCACAAACCAGGAACGGAGCAAACAGCGUGCUUAACUCGGGUCUAUUCCAAGCGGUUCAUGAAUCGCGGCUUUUCGCUGCUGAUCCAGACAUUGGCAUUGAUAUUGAAAACCCAGAUGCCCUUCAGAGAUACUACGACCUCCUUCUUUCAGUUCUUCGGGUCAUCGUCUAUGCCGUCUUCUCCCGAGGAAUCCAAAAUGAACAAAUCAAGGAGCACACUCGGAGAUUCUUGGCUGAGAACCGGCCAUGCAUGGUGGGCAUCUUCAAACGAUCUGCCAAGAUAGGAAAUACGUCAAAUGCCCAUCACGAAACUUUGUUGGACUUGGUCAAAGCAUUCAUGGCUCUCGUUAGCGCCACCGAUUUUAUGGAGUUUGAGGACCAGGAAGUCCAACAUAUCACUCGACCAGCAUUGUUCUCGUGA